AUGUGGCCAGGACGGACAGGCGGCACACUGCUGCGGCUGGUGUUAGUGCUCAAUCAAGGCAUUUUAAAUUGCUGUGUGGCGUACAAUGUUGGUCUCCCGGAAGCAAAGAUAUUUUCUGGUCCUUCAAGUGAACAGUUUGGCUAUGCAGUGCAGCAGUUCAUAAAUCCAGAAGGCAACUGGUUACUGGUUGGUUCACCAUGGAGUGGCUUUCCUGAGAACCGAAUGGGAGAUGUGUAUAAAUGUCCUGUUGAUCUAUCCACCACUACAUGUGAAAAACUGAAUUUGCAAACUUCCACGAGCAUUUCCAACGUUACUGAGAUGAAAACCAACAUGAGCCUUGGCUUGACACUGACAAGGAACGUGGGAACGGGUGGAUUUCUCACCUGUGGUCCCCUGUGGGCACAGCAGUGCGGAAAUCAGUUUUACACAACCGGGUUAUGCUCUGAUGUCAGUCCCAAUUUUCAGCUCCUGACCAGCUUUUCACCUGCAGUUCAGACCUGCCCGUCCCUCAUAGAUGUUGUGGUUGUAUGUGAUGAAUCAAACAGUAUUUACCCCUGGGAUGCAGUAAAGAACUUUUUGGAAAAAUUUGUGCAAGGCCUGGAUAUAGGCCCCACAAAGACACAGGUGGGCUUAAUUCAAUAUGCCAAUUAUCCAAGAGUGGUGUUUAACCUGAACACUUUUAAAACCAAAGAUGAAAUGAUUAAAGCAACAUCCCAGACAUCCCAGUAUGGUGGAGACCUCACAAAUACAUUCAAAGCAAUUCAGUAUGCAAGAGAUUCUGCUUAUUCAGCAGCUGCUGGUGGACGACCAGGUGCUACCAAAGUCAUGGUGGUUGUAACUGAUGGUGAAUCCCAUGAUGGUUCAAUGUUGAAAGCCGUAAUUGAUCAAUGUAACAAUGACAAUAUACUGAGGUUUGGCAUAGCAGUUCUUGGGUACUUAAACAGAAAUGCCCUUGAUACUAAAAAUUUAAUAAAAGAAAUUAAAGCAAUUGCCAGUAUUCCAACAGAAAGAUACUUUUUCAAUGUUUCUGAUGAAGCAGCUCUACUAGAAAAGGCUGGGACAUUAGGAGAACAAAUUUUCAGCAUUGAAGGUACUGUUCAAGGAGGAGACAACUUCCAAAUGGAAAUGUCACAAGUGGGAUUCAGCGCAGAUUACUCUCCUCAAAAUGAUAUUCUGAUGCUGGGUGCAGUAGGAGCUUAUGACUGGAGUGGGACUGUUGUCCAGCAGACACCUCAUGGACAUUUGAUCUUUCCGAAACAAGCCUUUGACCAAAUUCUGCAAGACAGAAAUCACAGUUCAUAUUUAGGUUACUCUGUGGCUUCAAUUUCUACUGGAAAAAGUGUCCACUUCGUUGCUGGAGCUCCUCGGGCAAAUUAUACCGGCCAGAUAGUGCUGUACAGUGUUAAUGAGAGUGGCAACAUCACAGUUAUUCAGUCUCACAGAGGUGACCAGAUUGGCUCCUAUUUUGGUAGUGUGCUGUGUGCAGUCGAUGUGGACAAAGACACCAUUACAGAUGUGCUCUUGGUAGGUGCGCCAAUGUACAUGAAUGACCUAAAGAAAGAGGAAGGAAGAGUCUACCUGUUUACUAUCACAAAGGGCGUUUUGAAUUGGCACCAAUUUCUGGAAGGCCCCGAGGGUGUUGAAAAUGCUCGGUUUGGUUCAGCGAUUGCAGCUCUUUCAGACAUCAAUAUGGAUGGCUUUAAUGAUGUGAUCGUUGGUUCACCUUUGGAAAAUCAGAACUCUGGAGCUGUGUACAUCUACAAUGGUCGUGAGGGCACCAUUCGCCUGAGGUAUUCCCAGAAAAUCUUGGGGUCUGAUGGCGCCUUUAGGAGCCACCUCCAGUACUUCGGGAGAUCCCUGGAUGGCUAUGGAGAUUUAAAUGGGGAUUCCAUCACUGAUGUGUCUGUUGGUGCCUUUGGACAGGUCAUUCAGCUCUGGUCACAGAGUAUUGCUGAUGUAUCUGUAGUUGCUUCAUUCACACCAGAAAAAAUCACUUUGCUCAACAAGAACGCUGAGAUAAACCUUAAACUCUGUUUCAGCGCCAAGUUUAGACCUGCUAAGCAAAACAAUCAAGUGGCCAUUGUAUAUAACAUCACAAUUGAUGCAGACCAAUAUUCACCCAGAGUAACCUCCAGGGGAUUAUUUAAAGAAAAUAAUGAAAGGUGCUUGCAGAAGACCAUGAUAGUAAAUCAAGCAGAGAGUUGCUCUGAGUACGUCAUCCACAUACAGGAGCCCUCUGAUGUUGUCAGCUCUCUGGAUCUGUGUGUGAACAUCAGUCUGGAAAACCCUGGCACUAACCCUGCCCUUGAAGCCUACUCUGAGACAGUCAAGGUCUUCAGUAUCCCUUUCUAUAAAGAUUGUGGUGAUGAUGGAGUUUGCAUCUCUGAUCUAGUUCUAGAUGUUCAACAGCUGCCAGCAGCUCAACAACAGCCCUUCAUUGUCAGCAACCAAAACAAAAGGUUAACAUUUUCAGUAACACUGAAAAACAAAAAGGAAAGUGCAUACAACAGUGGGAUUGUUGUUGAUUUUUCAGAAAAUCUGUUUUUUGCUUCCUGGUCCAUGCCGGUUGAUGGGACAGAAGUGACAUGCCAGAUUGCUUCAUCUCAGAAGCCUGUUACCUGCAAUGUGGGCUACCCUGCUUUAAAAAGGGAACAACAGGUGACUUUCACUAUUAACUUCGACUUCAAUCUUCAAAACCUUCAGAAUCAGGCCUCUGUCAGUUUCCAAGCCUUAAGUGAAAGCUACGAGGAAAACAAGGCAGAUAAUUCAGUCAACUUCAAACUCUCUCUGCUGUAUGAUGCCGAAAUUCACAUAACAAGAUCUACCAACAUAAAUUUUUAUGAAGUCUCCUCGGAUGGGAAUAUUCCUUCUAUUGUGAACAAUUUUGAAGAUAUUGGUCCAAAAUUCAUCUUCUUCAUUAAGGUAACAACAGGCAGUGUUCCAGUCAGCAUGGCAUCUGUAAUCAUCCAUAUCCCUCAAUACACCAGAGGCAAGAACCCGCUGAUGUACCUGACUGGGGUGCACACGGACCAGGCUGGUGACAUCAGUUGCAAAGCCGAAAUAAAUCCACUGAAAAUAGGACAGACAUCUUCUUCUGUAUCUUUCAAGAGUGAAAAUUUCCGCCAUGUAAAAGAACUGAACUGCAGAACCGCUUCAUGUAGUAACAUCACCUGCUGGCUGAAAGACCUUCAGGUGAAAGGAGAAUACUUCCUUAAUGUGUCUACCAGAAUCUGGAACGGGACUUUCGCAGUAUCGACUUUUCAGACAGUACAGCUGACGGCAGCAGCAGAAAUCGACACCUAUAACCCUCAGAUAUAUGCGAUCGAAGAAAACACCGUCACGAUUCCCAUUACCAUAAUGAAACCCCACGAGAAAGCUGAAGUACCAACCGGAGUUAUAGUAGGAAGUGCAAUUGCUGGAAUCCUUUUGUUAUUAGCUCUGGUUGCAGUUUUAUGGAAGCUUGGAUUCUUCAAAAGAAAAUAUGAAAAAAUGACCAAAAAUCCAGAUGAAAUUGAUGAGACCACAGAACUCAACAGCUGAAUCAGCCAGCAGUUCCCACUGCAGUGGGAAGGGGCAGCAUCACAGCCAGGGUUUACUAUUCGCAUGAAUGGGUUUCUUAAAAAUCCCAGUGUAACUUAAUAAUGUAAUAGGUAAACUAGAACUGCAGGUCAGUUUGGAAAGAAACUGUGAGGGAUUUGGGAGGGCAGGAGUAUAAAGGGUAAAAGACUAUUUUAUGUUGGGGGGAAAGUGAUCUUUACGUUGGCUGGUCCAGAGUUUACAUGAAAUGCUUCCUAACAGGAGAACUCUUAAAGAAAAAUAUAACCUUUCUCAGAAUAUUUUUUGGGGAAAAGCCCAGUCAUUUAAAAUGAUUGUUUUUAAACAACAGAAGUGGAAGUACUCGGUAUAGGUAUAUAAUUAGCUUGGAUAUAUUGAUGCUGAUGGGCAAAAAAACCCCACAGGUCUUCAACUUAAUGCUGCUUAUCCAAAGUUGCCACAGAGGAUAUUUUCAGUGAUAAUUUUGUUGAUACACUAGGUAAAAUUUGCUGUUGUCAGCCCACAGCUGCUUCCUUCGAGUCCCUUUCUUGAGAUGAUGUACUUAUCAAA